AUGUCUGUUACUGACGUCAUUUUCCGUAAACAGCGCGGCUACCUUAUGCGGCAGAAUACUAAGCUCGUUGCCGCCAGCGACAAAGAACAUGCAGACGAGUUCCGGGGUGCCAGAUCUGCCGGCAACUCACCCAUGAAGAAGGAGCGCCCCCAGUCCUGGACAGUAGAGCCAUGGAACGGCGAGCGGAGAAGGAGCGUCCGGAAACGUGGCGUGCCAUCGUCGGGCCCUGUCCCGCCAAUGCCUGGCCAAGAGAGCAAUGCUACCGCACUGAAUCCUCUGGCAGAAGAAGAGUUUGUCACCGAGACUACCAUCGACGAAGGGGCUGAGAGAGGCCGUCUUUUCGUGAAAGUCAUGGGUGUUAAAGAUCUUGACCUGCCCAUCUCUAGAACGGAGAGAACAUGGUUCAGGCUGACACUGGACAAUGGUGUCCACUGCGUGACGACUGCCUGGUUGGAGUUGGCCAGGAAUGCCCCUAUUGGACAGGAGUUCGAGCUUCUUGUCCCAAAUGACCUCGAAUUCCAGUUGACUCUCAAUGUCAAGCUGGAGAAGCCGGUACAGCGUAAGGUCGUUCAGCCAUCGCCUGCCAAGGUUGUUCGUCCCAAGGCAUCUACAUUCAGCCGUGUUUUUGCCUCUCCCAAAAAGCGCAAGGAGAUGGAGCAGCGCAUGAAGGAGGAGGACGAACGCCUUGCUCGUGAGCAUCUUGAGGCGCAAGCGAAGAUCAGAAAUGCACCGCCCACUGCAUACGACCUGCUGUCUCCCAUUGUCGCCGAGGAUGGCAGCUUUGCUCGAUCGUAUGUUUGCCUCAAGGAGCACGAGUCGCGCUGCUACGGACGUCCUGGAAUUGUGGAGGUUGCGUGCUUCAACGAGUGGGCCACCGAAGAAGCUGGUUUCGCUUCCAGCGUCAAGAGCAAACGCGGUAACAUGGCAGUUGUACGCCGUGCACCUUACAAGAUUGGUAAACUGGAGCUCCAGCUUCUGUUCGUGCCACGGCCCAAGGGCGUCUCAAACGACGAUAUGCCUAAGAGUAUGAACUCGUGCAUCCGCGAGAUGAAGGCUGCAGAGGAGCGUCAGUCUCAGAACUGGGAGGGCCACCUUAGUCAGCAGGGCGGCGAUUGCCCGUACUGGCGUCGGCGUUAUUUCAAGCUUGUUGGGACGAAACUGACUGCGUACCAUGAGGCAACGCGGCAGCCCCGGGCGACGAUUAACCUCGCCAACGCAAAGAGGCUCAUUGAUGACCGGCGGGCAUUGACCGAGAAGGAGACGACCGGCAAGAACGGUAGACGCCGCCGGUCUGCGUUUGCAGAAGAAGAAGAAGGCUACAUGUUUGUGGAGGAGGGCUUCCGCAUUCGCUUCAACAACGGCGAAGUGAUUGACUUUUAUGCAGACACGGCCGCGGACAAGGAGGGGUGGAUGAAGGUGUUGUCCGAGGUGACGGCACGGGACAGUGCGGGUAGCGAAGACGACCUUACGGCAUCGCGGGCCAAGACCAAGUGGUGCGAGCUGGUUCUUAAGCGGGAAGAGGCGCUUCGGCGUCGGGCUGAGGGCCGGGCUGAGGGCCGCCGGGUCCAUUCUCGGACGAAGAGCAUGCACGUCUAA